CGGUCGGUCGGUGAACACAGAGACUUACCUGGGGCAGACAGCACAUCAUGCGUGCGUCCUCGAUCCUUAUGGAUAAUCAACGAUCUGAGCUACAAUGCGCCGGGUCCUCUGUUCUCGUCAUCCCGGGCUCUGCAGGUGUAAAAGAUUAGCAGACUGCAGGGUUGGGAGACACGCUUUAUCUCCGGAUCACAUCAUACAUGUUUCAUGUACAGCUAUGACAUUUCCUUCCGCUCUGGCAUGGAUGAGUCCUCGUGGCUCGUGCCUGUAGUGUCAGUCCGUGGAUUAUUUCCUCUCUGUGGAGGUUUGACCGGUUCAGCGGGUUUGGUGUUUGGAGGGAGCAGCAGCAGUCUGAUCAAGUGCUGAAGCUCAGCAUGUCCUCCUCGGUGGUUUUGUCCGGAGCGAGGAAGCUGAGUCUGGGAGAGCUGCCCAUGGAGAGCUGGAUGUGUCACCUGCCCUGUGCUCUGUGGGACAUCCCGCUGUACCACCUGGCCAUCCCAGGCAGCCACAAUGCAAUAACCUACUGUCUGGACAUGAAUGACAGAUCUCCUGUUGACCUCACUCAGCCAGACAUGCUUCAAAAGCUGGACAAGUACAUGAAGCCUCUGAUUCGCCCUUUUGUGUACAAGUGGGCCAUAACACAGGAAUUCACAAUAAAGCAGCAGCUGGACUGUGGGAUCAGAUACUGUGACCUGAGGAUCGCGCACAGGCCGAACGACAGCUCCACUGAUCUGUACUUCUACCAUGGUGUUUACACCUCGCUCACUGUCCAGACUGUUUUAACAGAGAUCAGAGAGUGGCUGGAUGCUCAUCCCAGAGAGGUGCUCAUCCUCUCCUUCAGCCACUUCCUCGGCCUAAACCAGGAGCUCCACAUGCUGCUGCUCACAACCAUCCGCAACACAUUCACCUCCAAACUUUGUCCCAAAACGGAAGUGUUAACUCUUCGAAACCUGUGGGCUUUAGGCUACACUGUGAUCGUGUCCUAUGAACACAACAUGGCCAGCUCUCACAGCGACCUGUGGCCACAUAUUCCUUACUGGUGGGCAAAUAAAUGCAAAGCAGAGGCUCUUAUUGAGGAGUUUGAACACAGGAAACAACACGGCAGACCAGGUGGCUUCUUUGUCACAGGAAUAAAUCUGACAGAGGACCUGAAAUACAUCUGCACACACCCCACAGAGUCCCUGAAGGACUUGGUGAUGUCCACGUACCCGGCGCUGCUCGGCUGGGUCAAAGAGCAGACUCCCGGCUCCAGAGUCGGAUCUCUAAACAUCAUCGCAGGGGACUUUAUCACCGAGAGCCACUUCGUACCCACUGUUGUUGCACUGAAUGAGAAACUACUGAAAUGGUCGUCGUGACUUCUCAACAUUUUUGCAUUUAGAGACGAAUGUGAACCAUAGCAUGAUAUACACACAAGCUUGUUUUUAAAGAAACAUUCUACUUGAAUUAUUUAUUAAUGCACUCGUUGAAGGCUGUUAAAUAUACAUUUCAGUCUUUAAGCUACUUGAAUACAGAUUAUCUUGGUACUUUGAUCUGCACUUGUCUGUUUACACUCAGUUGACUAUUUAUGCACUGUAUCAGUUUUUCCACCAGUUAGCUUAGCUAAGCAGUUUUAUGUUACGUUCUCCAAAGCAAUAAAGAUCCAACUAAUCUUCCAUUACAGUAGACAUUUAGAGGAGUAAGCACAAAGCAUUUAUUCUACAAGCACAUAUGAUGUAAUGUAGGCCUCAAACUUUUAUAAUCCUGACAAGCAGGCAGCAAAUAGUUUCACCUAGAACACAUGUACUGUUCAAAAGAGAAUGUAGAGAGGACUUGAGACAUAUGCAAAGUGCAUGACCGUUUAUUUGCAUGAACCCAACCCUCAGCGAUGAACUUAUAGAUCCUUUUAGCCAACAGGUUAGGCCUUGAUUUAAUAACAUGCUGCACCGCUGUGCCUGUGGAGAUGAGCUGUUCCAAUAAACAUGAGCCUUUUUAAACUAA